AUGGUGGUGCCAGGGCUGGCCCCACUGCAGCACGUCUGUGGGGAAGAUUACGCCAAGGCAGAGGCUGAUGCAUCUAAAGCCAUUGAAGCUGAUGGUCGGGACAUGAAGGCGCUGUUCCGCCGGAGCCAGGCGCUGCAGAAGCUGGGCCGCCUGGACCAGGCUGUCAGUGACCUGCAGCGGUGCGUGAGCCUGGAGCCCAAGAACAAGGCCUUCCAGGAGGCCCUGCGCGCCCUGGGGAGCAGCAUGCACGAGAAGAUGAAGACCAUGUCCUGCACGGACUCAAAGGUGGAGCAGAUGUUCCAGAUCUUGCUGGAUCCUGAAGAAAAGGAUGCGGACAAGAAGCAAAAGGCUGCGCAGAACCUGAUUGUGCUGGCACGAGAGGAGGCCGGAGCAGAGAAAAUCUUCCAAAGCGAUGGUGUGAGGCUGCUGACGCAGCUGCUCGACACGGCCAAGGCUGACCUGAUGCUGGCGGCCCUGCGCACCCUGGUGGGGCUGUGCUCUGGGCACCGCUCCCGGACCAUGGCCAUCCUGGCGGAGCUGGGGGCCCCUCGUCUCUCAGCCGUGCUGGGUGUGGAGCACGAACAGGUUUCCCUGGCUGCCUGCAAUCUUCUGCACGUGAUGUUCGAUUCGCUGAAGGAGGGGCUGCAGAAGGACUUCCGUGGCAAGGAGGAUGCGGUGGUGCUGGAUUCCUCCAAGGACCUGAAGCUGCUGAUCAAGCACCUCCUGGAGCUGUUAGCUCUGGAAGGGGCCUCUGCGCAUGGCCGUGACAACGCCCUCAACCUGCUCAUCAAGGUGGUUCCCAGGAAGUCGCCAAAGGAGACCAACAACAGCAUGAGCCUCUGGGUGAUUGACCAGGGCCUGAAGAAGAUCCUGGAGGUGGGAAGUACAGUGUGCGGCACCCCGGGCAGCCUGCCCGUGACAGAGAACAGCCGGAUGAGUGCCUCGGUUCUGCUGAGCAAGCUUUACGAUGACCUGAAAUGUGAUGCUGAGAGGGAGAACUUCCACCAUUUGUGUGAGGACUACGUUAGGAGCUGGUUCGAGGGGCACGAGCUGGCUGGGAAGCUGCGGGCCAUCCAGACGGUGUCGUGCCUGCUGCAGGGCCCCUCGGAUGCCGGGAACAGGGUGCUGGAGCUGGAGGGGAUCAUGGACAGCCUGCUGUCCCUCUGCGCCUCUGUCUGCGAGGCCCACCAGCUGGUAGCGGUGGAGGCGCUGAUCCACGCCGCCGACAAGGCCAAACGCGCCUCCUUCAUCACCGCCAACGGCGUCAGCCUGCUUAAGGAGAUCUACAAGCACAGCGAGAGGGACAGCAUACGCAUCCGGGUGAUGGUGGGGCUCUGCAAACUGGGAUCCGCCGGCGGCACCGACUUCAGCAUGAAGCAGUUUGCUGAGGGGUCCACCAUGAAAUUGGCCAAGCAGUGCCGCAAGUGGCUCUGCAAUGAGACGAUCGACGCGGGCACGCGGCGCUGGGCGGUGGAGGGCCUGGCCUACCUCACCUUUGAUGCAGAUGUCAAGGAGGAGUUUGUGGAGGACAAGGCAGCCAUGCAGGCCAUGUUCCACCUGGCCAAGUCAGAGGACAGGAGCGUGCUCUACGCCGUCGCCUCCACACUGGUGAACUGUACCAACAGCUACGACCACGAGGAGCCGGACCCCCAGAUGCUGGAGCUGGCCAAGUACGCCAAGCAGCACAUUCCAGAGCAGCACCCCAAGGACAAGCCGGACUUUGUGAAGCGCCGGGUGCGGAAGCUGCUGACGGCUGGUGUGGUGUCAGCUUUGGCCUGCAUGGUGAAGAGCGAGAACCCGGCGCUCACCAACUCCUGCCGGGAGCUGAUCUCCAGAGUGUUCCUGGCACUGGUGGAGGAGGCAGAGGACCGGGGCGGCGUGGUUGCCCAGGGAGGAGGCAAGGCUCUCAUCCCGCUGUCCCUGGAGGGCACCGAGGUGGGGCAGACCAAGGCAGCUCAGGCCCUGGCAAAGAUCACCAUCACCUCCAACCCGGAGAUGGCGUUCCCUGGGGAGAGGAUCUACGAGGUGGUCCGGCCCCUGGUAAGCCUUCUGCACCUUCAGCGCACGGGUCUGGAGAACUUUGAGGGGCUGAUGGCAUUAACCAACCUGGCUGGCAUCAGCGAGAGGCUGCGGCAGAAGAUCCUGAAGGAGAAGGCUGUGCCCAUGAUCGAGGGGUACAUGUUUGAGGAGCACGAGCUGAUCCGGCUGGCUGCGACGGAGUGCAUGUGCAACAUGGCCAUGAGCAAGGAGGUGCAGGAGCUGUUCCUGGCCGAGGGCAGGGACCGGCUGAAGCUGAUGGUCCUGUACAGCGGUGAGGAGGAUGAGAAGCUGCGGCGGGCAGCCUCAGGGACCCUGGCCAUGCUGACGGCCCUGCACCCCCCCAUCUGCAAGCGGAUCCCCCAGGUGGACUCCUGCUUCUGUGGCCCCGAGGCCGAGGUGUGGUUACGGCUUUGCCGGCACAAGCUGCAACGACGCGCUGGAGGCCGUGGGCCUCUCAAGCCCUGUUACCGCAGGGCUCGGUCCUGGGCGCAGCUGAGGCGCCGCUGGGUCUUGUCGCACUGCGAUCCCCCGGCGCUGGGAGGCGGUGAGCUCUACACCUGGGGCUGGGGUAAAUACGGGCAGCUGGGACACAGGGACGAUGCCAGCUCUGACCAGCCGCGCCGUGUCGAGUACCUGGUGGCUGAGGGGCUGCAGGCGGAGGAAGUGGUGUGUGGACCCUGGACCACUUACGUCUGCGUGCUGGAGCCAUGA